GGUCCAGAGGCUCUGGACUAGCAACCUUUUCCCUAAGCCACCAGACAGACUGUGGUACAAGGUCAAGACCCAGCUAGGAACAGGACUGUAGGUAACCCAAACCAGCAGGAUGGAUAUCAUAAGGACGGUCUCUAAAAGGGUGCUGCCAGUGAAGGUGAGGGCGUACGUGAAGGACUACUGCAAGAGGAAUGGACUCCUGACCCUCUCUGUUAUGGCGGUGGUGACAGGCUGUGUGCUGGGCUUCUUCCUCCGGACCUUCAACCUGUCCACUCAGGCUAAGAUCUACUUCUCCUUCCCUGGAGAGCUGCUGAUGAGAAUGUUGAAGAUGUUGAUCCUGCCUCUCAUCACCUCCAGUCUCAUGUCAGGCCUGUCGGCCAUGGACACUAAGGCUAGUGGGCGUCUGGGUAUUCUGACCAUCACUUAUUAUCUGUGGACCACCUUCAUCGCGGUCAUCGUGGGCAUCGUGCUGGUACUAAUCAUCCACCCUGGCACGGGCUCAGAGAAGGAGGGACAUCAUGGAGGGACCGGCCCGGUCAUGACCUCCGCAGAUGCCCUGCUGGACCUCAUAAGAAACAUGAUCCCCUCCAAUCUGGUUGAAGCAACCUUUCAGCAGUAUCGGACAGAUCUCGUGCCCAUCGUGACCUCCAGCAGCAGUGAGUCCCAGGCCAACUAUGUGUACGUGAUGCCUGACUACCACAACCCCCAGCUUGGCCACCCGGUCUUCCUUGAGAUCACCCCUGCUCCAGACGUCAAGUACAAGAUUGUCCCUGGCAGCAGCAAGGGCAUGAACGUUCUGGGGAUCGUUAUCUUCUCUGCUACCAUGGGUCUGUUGCUGGGGAAGAUGGGGAUGCGUGGGACACCCCUGGUCCACGUGUGCCAGUGCAUCAAUGAGUGUGUCAUGAAGAUCAUCACCGCGGCCAUGUGGUACUUCCCUUUUGGUAUCGUAUUCCUGGUGGCGGGGAAGAUUCUUGACAUGCACGACCCAGCCCAUCUAGGGGAGAAGCUGGGCAUGUACUUCAUCACGGUCCUGGCGGGACUUUUUGUCCAUGGUCUCAUCCUGCUGCCGCUCUUUUACUUCAUCCUCACCCACAAAAAUCCCUUCACCUACAUCCGGGGCCUGCUACAAGCCCUGGUCAUCGCUCUCGCCACCUCCUCCAGUUCGGCCACCCUUCCCAUUACCAUGAAGUGUCUGUUGGAGAACUGUGGAGUGGACCGGCAGAUAGCCCGCUUUGUGCUGCCUGUGGGAGCCACCAUCAACAUGGACGGGACAGCACUCUACGAGGCUGUGGCGGCUAUCUUCAUCGCCCAGGUCAACGAGUAUGAGCUGGACUUCGGGCAGCUGGUCACCAUCAGUAUCACAGCAACAGCAGCCAGUAUCGGGGCUGCUGGAAUUCCACAGGCCGGCCUUGUAACCAUGGUGAUCGUUCUGACCUCCGUGGGGCUGCCGCCCGCUGACAUCACUCUCAUCGUGGCCAUCGAUUGGGUCUUAGACCGUUUCCGCACAAUGAUCAAUGUCCUGGGAGAUGGCUUGGCUGCUGGGAUCAUGGCUCACCUCUGCAGGGAUGAUUUUGACUUGGGUCCAGCAAAGGAAAUGAACUCCCACCGGAGGGACACGGUGAUCUCCCUCUCUAAUGCAGUCCGGAGGGACACAAUGAUUUCCUUCAAUCCAAAUCGGAGGGACACAGUGAUUUCCCUGGGCACUCACAGUGUGACAAUGUCUGAGGCCCCCCUUCUGUCUCAUCGCUGCGACUACGUGUAUGACGUGGAUGGAGAGUCUGUGACUGAAAAACCUGUGCCUAGCUAUGCUCUCUGUCAGGUCUGAGAUCCAUCCUCAGUCAACAGCAGGGGGUGAUGGCUGCCUUCAACACACGCAUACACACGCACACACAAACAUCUAAAGGCAUCAAGCAAGAAAGAGUGGUCACCGUAAGGUAGUUGGACCACCAUUAUCACAGUAUCAAAGCCUGUGGGUUUAAUGUUCCAGAUCUAUACACUGAAUAUGCCGUUUGAAAAAGGAGACAUCAGUUCUGUUAAAACAUUGAUUACUCACACCUGUGCCAUGAAGCAGAAUAAGCACUUUUCCUCCUGAUUUUGUGACUGGAUGCCUGGCUGACUGACUGGCUCUCACAGGUGUACACAGAUUCAACAUUAUCUGAUCGUGUCAGACUAUUACGACUAAAACAGCAGUUGCCAGGACUGUGAUGCGCUACACACGUUUUACGCAGUGUUCUGUGGCCUACAGACAGUUUUUUGUAGACGUCAGACUUCUGUAUUCAGAGUUUUUAAAUUAUUGCUUGACGAUGUGGUUAGAGAUAAAAUCAACUAAUUUUGGUUAGUAUACUAAAUGUAUUCUGUUUAAUGUACCACUUUGUCCCAUUAUGCACAUCCUAAGUGUCAUUGUGCAGUCGGUUUUGGAGUUGCCUUAAAACAUUACCAUGUCACAGCUGAGAAUGUUACAACCUUGAGACUUGAAAUACUUCCUACCAUAUGUUUGAUAUAUUUUGUUUAGGCACAGUGCAGGUCCACUCUUUUACCAUGUAUAGUAGCAUCUGUCUAUACUGAGUCAGCCGACACCAAACUCCUUACAGAACCUUGUCUUGUAACUUUAGACCCAAUAAUUAUCAUACGUGAUUUGAUAGGGUAGAUGACUAGGUGGAUAACAUAUUCAACUAAGAUUGUAUGUUGAACUUGGUUUAGAGGCAUCAACAGCAAUGAUGGAAAACAAAUUGUGUGAAAUACAGUGAAAAUGUUUGCUUUUAUACAUGAUACGUUA